GGCUGGCCCCAGGUCCCCCCGGGCUGGCCCCAGGUCCCCCCGGGGCCCAGAGCUCCUGGUGGAGUCGUCUUCGGGGUCUGGCUGCAGCCAGGCAGAGGGGCGGUACUUCAGUGUAAUGUGGUGCAAGGCCAGUAAGAAGAAGCACAAGCGCUGGGAGGGCGAUGCCGUGCUAGUGACCAGAGGCCGGAGCGCCACGCUCAAGGACAUGGAGGGAAAAGACAUCGGCAAGGGUAGUGGAUACAAGGUGUCGGAGCUGGUCUCUCUGUGUGAGGGGGAGAGUCUGAUGGUGGGGGGGAAGGAGGUGGAGAUCAUGGGGCUGAUUUCAGACGAGGACUUUGCCAGAGGGCGCUGUUUCCAUGACGUCCAAAUCGACAAAGAGGAGCCACAAUCAGUCCUGCUCUCUUCUCGAAGACCCGCCUCCAGGCCGUUCUGUCGACCGACGCUAUUGGGUGCAGCGCAGAUGGGAGGGGCCAGGCAGCCACAGGGGGAGCACACCUGCAGGCCUCGUCACGACCCACUAGCUCCAGGUGCUCUAGUGAUGCCGCGACCCUCAGCCAAUCACCAGUGGGCGUGUAACAAGGCGGGCCUCCCUGUGGUGGACGUGGUGGUCGACCCUCACCUGACCGCUCACCUGCGACCCCACCAGAGAGAGGGGCUGCUCUUCCUGUAUGAGUGCAUCCUGGGGAUGAGGGCUGCGGGGCGCUGCGGGGCGAUCCUGGCUGAUGAGAUGGGGCUGGGGAAGACACUGCAGGGCGUGGCCCUGGCCUGGACGCUGCUGAGGCAGGGGCCCUAUGGCGGGAGGCCCCUCGCUAAGCGUGUGCUAGUGGUUGCCCCCGGCAGCCUGGUCCAGAACUGGGGGGCUGAGUUUAACAAGUGGCUGGGCCGUGAGAGGAUCAGUGUGUUUCCUGUGGACCAGGACCACAGGGUGGAGCAGUAUGUCGCGUCUCCUCUACACAGUGUUCUGGUCAUCAGCUAUGAGAUGCUGCUGCGCUCUGUGGAACAGGUCCAAAAGCUGGACUUUGGGCUGGUGAUCUGUGACGAGGGCCACAGGCUGAAGAACAGCAGCAUCAAGACUUCUUCAGCUCUCAGUGGCCUCAGCUGUUCACGCAGAGUUAUACUGACAGGCACCCCUGUGCAGAACGACCUGCAGGAGUUCUACUCCAUCAUAGAGUUUGUGAACCCGGGGGUCCUGGGGUCUGCUGCUGCGUACAGGAAGGUGUACGAGGAGCCCCUCCUGCGCUCUAGACAGCCCUCCUGUACAGAGGAGGAGAGGGUGUUGGGAGAGGAGCGGGCGUCCGAGCUCUCACGUCUGACUAGCUUGUUCAUUCUGAGACGGACCCAGGAGAUCAUCAACCGCUACCUGCCCCCGCGAUCUGAUUGGACGUUGUUCUGUGGCCCCGCCCCCCUGCAAAGGGAGCUGUACCAGACUCUCUCCCAGCGCGUGUUCCGCACCUGCCUGCAGGGGGCGAUGAGCACAACACACCUGGCCUGCAUCACCGCCCUGAAGAAGCUCUGCAACCACCCAGGACUGCUGUACUCCACUGUGAAGGACAGGACUGAAAGUGGUUCGGUGGAGAGCUCUCUGUAUGAGGGGCUGCUGCAUGCCUUCCCAGAGAACUUCUCCUCAGCAGGGUUCAGGAGUGCUGACUCAGGGAAGCUGCUAGUGCUGUCAGACCUGCUGGCUGCUGUCAGAUACCUCAGCCCUUCAGACAGGGUUGUCCUGGUCUCUAACUACACGCAGACUCUGGAUCUUCUCCAGGACCUGUGUGUCCACCUGAGCUACACCUUCUGCCGUCUAGACGGACACACUCCCACCAUGCAGAGGCAGCGGCUGGUCGACAGCUUCAACAGCCCCCACUCCAAGACCUUCAUCUUCCUGUUGAGCUCCAAAGCAGGGGGGUUGGGGCUCAACCUGGUGGGUGCCUCCCACCUGGUCCUGUAUGACAUCGACUGGAACCCUGCGAACGACAUCCAGGCUAUGGCCCGCGUGUGGAGAGAUGGUCAGAAAAAGACUGUGCACACCUAUCGUCUGCUCACUGCUGGCACCAUUGAGGAGCGUAUCUUCCAGAGGCAGGUGUCCAAGCAGGGCCUCUCUGGGACAGUGGUGGACCUGGGGAAAGGGGCGGAGCACACCAGCUUCUCCUCCAAUGAGCUUCGAGAUCUUUUCAGUUUUACGGACACGCCCUCUCUCACUCACGAGCUGCUGGACUGCAGGUGUAAUAUGGACGGCUCGUCCCACGGUACGGAACACCCACACACCACCUCUAGAAACAUUUCAUAUUUGUGUAUUCAUCAGUUAUCUGCUUUCAGUGCCGGAGGAGGAGCCAGGAAGUGA